AUGCCGGACAAUUCAACGCAUGAACAGUUGCAAACAGAAGUUUCAGAAGAAAUAGCAGUUCCAGCCUGGGUCUCCGCGAUAACCACGGUCGCCCUCACGCUAGUGUUCCUUUUGUGUAUUUCCGGUAACUCCCUCGUGGGCGCCGUCCAGUUGCGUCAGACGCGCCGCUCAAGCACGGACUAUUUUGUGUUGACCAUGGCAGUUUUCGAUUUCGUCGCUGGUCUGACGCUUAUCCCAUGGAUGGUGUUCGCGCUUCACCACCGUGUAUGGCUAAUGGUCGCCAGUGACACCAUGUGUAAACUAUAUCAUUACUUCCGGUACUCGGUUAACAUUGCCAGCACCACCCUUCUGUCCACAACUGCGGUUGACCGCUACUUUAAGGUCAGAGGUGGACGUUUCCACUUCAAUGUUAUCUGGAGCUGGGACGGUAGGCUCUGUAACGCCGCAUAA